AGGCAGUGAAAGAAGGCUGGUAGGGUGUGUGUGUGACUGAUGACAGACUACGCUCUUUCUGAUAUGUCUUAAUUGGCAAUGCAACAGCUAACAAAACAAAACCGAAUGGGAUUGCCCUGAGCCAUCCGAUCGUGCAGUUAGUGAGGACCUUGGACUGGUCGUCGAGACUGCUGCCCGAUCGGCCUGCUGAUCACAUUGAACAAGGGACCUUCCGUGAGCGAUCCCCAGGAGUCAGAGCCAACGAGGGACGCGCUGGGGCUGCUGCUUCACCCCACUAGAGGCUUCCACCAGAGACUCAGAAACACCAAGUGAAGCAUGUGACCAGGACACACAGGACAUGGAAGUUUCUUCCGGCGCCGUCCCCUCACUCAGCCCUGGGUCUCUCGGAUGCCGGGAAGUGUCUGGGCAGGAGCUCAGCGCCGGGGAAACUCCUGAGGGAGAUGUCCUGAGCUCGGCGGUCGUCUCUGAGCUGGCGUACCGCGACCUGGACCUGCAGCGCUUCUUCAACCGUGCCGGGGGGAGCCCCCGGCCAGACGGGGUCAGUGGAGGGGCGGUGCAGGCCCCCAGGUACCCCUGCCUCAUCUGCGGCAAGCGCUUCCGUUUCAACAGCAUCCUCUCCCUUCACCUCCGCGUCCACACGGGCAGCACCAAGACUCACCUCCGCACCCACACGGCAGUCGGGGGAGGGGAGGGGCACGUACCCCCAGGGGGAGGGGAGGGGCAUGGGUCGACACACGGGCCCCUAGGGGGAGGGGAGAGUUAUGGGUCAGUAGUGGGAAGGGAGUGGGACGGAUCCCCAGGGGGAGGGCAGCGUUAUAGGCAAGUCAGGGAAGAGGAGGGUCACAGGGCCCCAGGGGGAAGGGAAGGUUGUGGGCUGGUAGGGGAACCAGAGAGGCAAGGGCCCCCGGAGGGAGGUGAAGGGUAUGGGACCCCCAGGAGAUUGGAGCCCCCUGGAAGAGAGGGGAGCAUCGGGCCCCCCAGAGAAAGGGGGAAUCACAGACGGGCUGGGGGAGAGGAGGGUUACCGGGUAGCUGGGGAAGGGGAGAGUCAUAAGCCCCCUGGGGGUGGGGUGAGCCAGCAGCCCUGCAGGGGAGGGGAGAGCCAGGGGCCACCGGCCGGGAAGAGCCGGCUGCUCCUGGAGCUGGAGGAGAUGGCGGUGCAGCGGGGGUUGCCGUGCCGUCCCGCCCGGGGGCAGAUGGAGGGUCCGGAGCGAUCCAGCCCCCCCACCUUCCGCUGCUCCUCCUGUAAGGGGCGUUUCCGCAAGGCAGCCGAGCUGGAACGCCACUCUGCAAUCCUGCACCGGCCCUAUAAGUGUGGCCUGUGCCCCUUUGCCAGCGCCCUGCAGCACAGCCUGGCCGAGCACACUCAGAAGGCCCACCGCCCCCUGCCCCAGGUCGAUGCCCCACGGCCUGCCCCCUCCACCUACGUCUGCCCCGUGUGUGGGCAGGCCUUCACCCGUUCCUGGUUCCUCAAGGGCCACAUGCGGAAGCACAAGAACUCCUUCGAGCAUGGUUGUGGGAUGUGCGGGCGCCGCUUCAAGGAGGCCUGGUUCCUCAAGAACCAUAUGAAGGUGCACCUGGGAAAGCCGGCAGCGGCAGCGGCAGCAAGCAAGUUCCAUGACAGGCCCCGGGCCCUCGACCCCAGCCAUGCCAACGGCCCCGGGCCCCAGGCCUACCCAGGCGGAGGCUGCCUGGCCCGGCUGCGAGCCGCAGCUGCCAGGGCAGGAGAGGCCACGGUGGGCAGGCCCGGCCCCUGGGAGCUGGUGUCGGUGGGCCUGGGCGCCGAGAUGUCACGGGCGAGGCCGGGCCGGAGCGGCAGGCAACAGUGCGGGCCGGCUGCAGCAGAUGGAGCCGGCGAGAGGAACGCCCAGUGCCUCGAGUGUGGCCGGGCCUUCAGAACCUACCAGCAAGUAGCUGUCCACUCCAGGAUCCACCGCAAGAAGGGGCCGGUGGACGGCAGCAGCGGCGGAGAGCGCAGGAGGGACUCCCUGGCCACUCACGGGCCCCACGCUCACAUCACCUCAUCCCUGGGGCUGCCUGGAGGUGGGCAAGGAGAGGCCAUUAGUCUCCCAUCUACACCCCAAGGGGACGCCGAGCUGCACCUGGAUGACGAUCGUUCCCGUGGACUGGCCACCAGAGAGUGCCCCUACUGCGGCAAGACCUUCCGCUCCUCCCACCACCUGAAGGUCCACCUACGGGUGCACACAGGCGAGCGUCCCUACAAGUGUCCUCACUGUGCCUACGCCGGCACACAGUCGGGUUCCCUCAAGUACCACCUGGAGCGGCACCACCGAGAGCAGCGGAACGGGACAUGCGGGGGGUCUGCGGGGGAGAGCCCGCCCGCCCAGGGGGCUUCGGGCCCCAGCAGAGGGGACGAGCCCGGACCUAGGCCGCCGGUCCCCACUGCCCCUCCCAUCAGCCUGCAGGCCUGGCUGGCCUCCUUCCUGCCCGAGGGCCCGGGGCCGCACGCAUGGCUGGGCCUGGCCGAGCUGGAACCCCUUGACCUGUCACUCAGGCCAUCCCAGGGCCAUGCGCACAGACAAGAGCUCGGCGACUGCCUGGCCUACAGCUUCCAGACCCCCACGCCACUAGCACCGGGCCCCAGGGCAAAGGCCCGCAGGCGGAGAGCACAGACCUGGCACCGGGGGCUUAGGCCUGGCAGCUGGGGGCAGCUGGACGGGGCCCUGGCUCUGGGUGGGGCCUGGGUGGCAGGGCUGGUGAGCGAGGCAGCAGGAGAGGGCAGGGUGACAGUGAGUGGGGCAUUGAAUGUAGUUGGUGAUGAAAUGGAGGAGGGCAGAGCAACUGAGGGGGGCAGAACAACAGUGGAGGGUAGAACAACAGUGGCGGGCAGGGCAACUGAGGUGGGCAGGGCAACAGUGGGGGCCAGUGCAACUGAGGUGGGCAGGGGGUGGGCAGGGCAGGGCAACAGUGGGGGCCAGUGCAACAGUGGGGGCCAGUGCAACUGA